UUUGCAGGUCAGUAGGAAUUAGGUCUUGCCUCAUUCCCAUGCUGAGCUUUGUACUGUGUCACUUGUACGCGAAGGAAUGGCAGGAAAUCAUGCUGUGCUUAAUGAAGGAGAAGAGAAUGAAAUGGAGAUAUUUGGAUACAAAUCAGAGAGGUGGAGGAAAGUUCUGUGUCUUCUGGGUUACAUAUUUUCUUUAGGACUCCUUAAAUUGGUAUUUUAUUGGAAGCCAGAGCUGGAAGUUUGGAGUCAUUGUGUUCCAUGUAAUUUAGCAGACGCUGAUACGAUCUUGCUACGAACAACUGGAGAACUUAAAGACUACAUAAAGAAGUUGGUGAUCCAGGUCAGACUUAACAGAAAAAUGAAACCUGGGUAUCCAGUAAUAAGUGAUGAAAAUUCCAUUAUAUGCAGAUCUAUAAUGGAGCCAGAAGGGAAGGUCAGAUACAUACAAGUGCAAAAAAUACGUUAUGUUUGGAUUCCCUCUGAGAACAAGUUUGUGAAAACUGGUGUUCUGGAGAAAAGCCUUUCUUGCUCAGACAUACAUUCAAAAUAUGGUUUUGGCCUGACGAAAGAAGAACAGGAAGUCAGGCGACAAAUCUGUGGACUAAACACAAUUACAGUGAAGAUCAUCCCUGUGUGGAAACUACUGUCAAAAGAGGUUUUCAACCCAUUUUAUGUAUUCCAAGCCUACACUUUAACUAUAUGGAUAGCUACGUCAUACAUUGAAUAUAGCUUAUCUAUUUUAUGUAUGACCAUCAUAUCUAUUUCUGCCACAGUAUAUAAUUUAAGAAAGCAAUCAGUAAAGCUGAACAGAAUGUCAACAUCCUAUAACAGCAUUUUGGUUUCAGUACUUCAUAAGAAUGGAGAGCUUGAAGAAGUAUCGUCUGAGUCUUUGGUUCCAGGGGAUGUCAUUGUUUUAGGUGGAAACAAGCUUUUCUUACCAUGUGAUGCCAUUUUAAUCAGUGGAGGGUGCACUGUGAAUGAGGCAAUGUUAACUGGUGAAAGUAUUCCUGUGACAAAAACACCACUUCCAAACAUUAACAACUCUAUUCCAUGGAUGGCACACAGUGGUGAGGACUACAAAAAACAUGUUCUUUAUUGUGGGACUGAGGUCAUCCAGGCUAAAAGAAACAAUCAAGAUCUUGUAAAAGCUGUUGUCCUACAAACUGGAUUCAACACUGCAAAGGGAGAUCUAGUAAGAGCGAUUCUGUAUAACAAACCGAUGAAUGUGAAACUGCAUAGAGAGGCCAUAAGAUUUCUUAUGGUUCUUGUAGGUUUUUCUAUUCUUGGAGUAAUCUAUACCGCAGCUGUGUACUUAAAGAAUGGGGCCAGUGUUUAUGACACUGUAGUAAUGUCACUUCUGAUGCUAACAGUUGGGAUUAAUGCAGCCCUCCCAGCAUCUCUUACACUUUGUCUUCUGUAUGGUCAAACAAGGCUAAAGAAAAAGGGAAUCUUCUGCAUCAGCCCUCAAAGGAUCAAUUUAGCUGGGCAGCUGAAUCUUGUAUGUUUUGAUAAGACUGGCACUUUGACAGAAGAUGUCUUGGAUUUGUAUGGUGUUCUUCCUUGUGAAAAAAACAGUUUUCAGGAUAUAAUACUUUUCACAUCAUCUAAUAAUCUAUGUUGGUGCCCAAUACUCCAAGCAAUGACAAGUUGUCACUCACUUAUCACAUUGGAUGGGGAGUUACAGGGAGAUCCAUUGGACUUAAAGAUGUUUGGUGGAACAGGUUGGGAAUUUGAAGAAUAUAAGGCAAAAAUCAAAGAAGAUGACCAUUUAAAUAGCUGUGCAAUGGUAAAGCCUGGACCUACUGUUGCAAAGGCACCAGUGGAAGGAAUCCUUAUUCUGCACCAGUUCCCAUUCUCUUCCAGUUUACAGCGCAUGUCUGUAAUUACUCAAGUUAUUGGAGAGAGUAACCUGACAGUGUUCAUGAAGGGGGCACCUGAAAUGGUCGUUCACUUUUGCAGACCAGAAACAGUCCCAGACAGCUUCUCUACGAAACUUGCUGACUACACUGUACAAGGCUUCAGAGUAAUUGGGCUAGCAUAUCGGACAGUGUUAAAAGAAGGUCUACCAGAGUUUUCAGACAUAGACAGGGAAGUAGUGGAGUGUGACCUCACAUUUCUUGGCUUGUUGAUUCUGGAAAAUCGACUUAAACCAGAAACAAAUUCAGUACUAGAGGAACUCACAGAAGCAAAUAUCAGGGCUGUGAUGGUCACAGGUGAUAACCUUCAGACAGCUGUGACGGUUGGUAAAAAGUCAGGAAUGAUUCCUUCCAACAGUAACAUAAUUAUGUUGGAAGCCUGUGAACCUGAGAAAGAUUUACCCGCUUCAGUUACUUGGAAAUGUUCAACUGAAAUUCAAGCAAAUGGAAACCACAAGGAUAAAGAGUCACAAUGUAAUGUUGGGGAAAGAUUGAUUAAUCUCCCCACUACCUUGGGGAAUCUUCACUUUGCAAUGAAUGGAAAGUCCUAUCAAGUUUUAACUCAACAUUUUUCCAAUUUGCUGCCAAAGAUCCUAUUAAAUGGAACUAUUUUUGCAAGAAUGACUCCAAAGCAAAAAUCGAGUCUUAUUGAAGAGCUGCAAAAAUUAGACUACUUUGUUGGUAUGUGUGGAGAUGGAGCCAAUGACUGUGGGGCACUUAAAAUGGCUCAUGUUGGAAUUUCACUGUCUGAAUUAGAAGCAUCUGUUGCAUCUCCAUUUACUUCCAAAAUUCCAAACAUUGAAUGUGUUCCAUUGCUCAUCAAGGAAGGUCGGAAUACUCUUAUAACAUCACUUUCCAUCUUCAAAUUCUUGACUAUGUAUCAGUUCAUUGGAAUUGUUUGCAUAAUAUUCCUUUUUUGGAGACUAACGCUUCUUGGAAACUACCAAUACCUUUUGCAAGAUUUGGCUAUCAACAUCAUAUGUUCCAUUACUAUGAGUUUAAACCGUUCAGCCCCAAAGCUGGCACCUUACAGACCCUCAGGACAACUGUUCUCUCCUCCUUUGUUACUCUCCAUUUUCAUGCAUCUUACUUUUACUGUGAUUGUCCAAGGCACAGCUUUCUUUCUGCUUCAAGAGCAGCCAUGGUUCAGUGAAAAUGAUGUCUUCAGCGCAUGCCUUCCAUUAAACUACAGCACAGGAAAUAUUACAGUGAGAGAACGUAGAUUUGCAGAGAACUUUUUCACAACAACCAUGUUUCCUAUAACUGGUUUCCAUCUAAUUAUUGCAGAAAUUGUGUUUGCCAAAGGAAAGCCAUUCCGACAGCCUUUAUAUACUAACUAUCUGUUAUCAACUGUGAUCAUUAUUCAAGUUGCAUUUUAUUUAUUUGUCCUUUUUGCUGAUAUUGACUCUUUCUACACGGCUAUUGAGACUGUGUGUACCCCAUAUUACUGGAGAGUGAACAUCUUGAUCAUGGUCCUUACACUCUUUGUUGUGUCAUAUAUUGCAGAGAUGUGGUUUAUUGACAACAGAGAACUCUGGCUCUGGAUAAAGAGACUAUUCAAGUACAAAUCAAAAAGCCAGUACAGAAAGUUGCAAAGGAAAAUGCAGAAAGAUCCAGAGUGGCCUCCACAAAACAGAACAGACUAUGCUGUCCAAUAUAAUUCUGAAGAGGAUUGCAGAAUUGUUGUUUGCAAUAAUUCCCAUUAUAGCAGUGUACCAAAUAGUGAAAAAGAAUCUGAACAAUUAUAACUGCAAUGUGAAUGCAGCAAGUUUGAAAACAAAUUAAUUGUUCUGCUUGUGAAAUGGUGCUGAACUCAUUAAAAUUGUAAUAUAUUGUUAAUAUGGUUGAAAAAAAAAAAGAGACAUAAAUCUAUCUACCUAAGUUUAAUCAAGGGAUAGGAGGGGAUGCAAAUUUUAGAAAAGGGAGUGAGACCGAGAUUUCUACACAAUUUCAUAAGCAUUAAUGUCAGUUAUCUAAACCCUUUUUAAAACUGACCACUGUUCCCGCUGUGAUCACAACCUGAGGUAGACUAUUCCAUAGAUUCACAAUUCUAACAGUGAAGAAGCCUUGAGGCCUCUGGAGACUAAGCUUUUUCUUCUCCAGAUGGAGGCAGAGCCCCCUUAUCUUUUGAGGGUAUUUUACAUGGAACAGCUUUUCAGCAUAUUUUUUGUACGGCCCAUUUAUAUAUUUGUAUAGGUUAAUCAGACGUUAGAUGUCUUUUCUCAAUAUUAAAUACAUUUAAUUAUUUUAAUCUUUCCUGAUAACUGCUACCCUUCAUACUUCUUAGCAGUUUAGUUGCUCUCCUUUGUACUCUCUCCUGCUCUAGAGCAUCUUUUCUAUGGACUGGUGCCCAGAACUGAACUGCAUAUUCCAGAUGAGGCAGCACAAACGUUUUCUAAAGUGGUAAUAUUAUAUCCCUGUCCCGCAAGUCCAUGCCUUGUUUAAUGUAUGAAAAUAUCCUGGUAGCCUUAGAAGCAGCUGAUUGAUGUUGUAUGCUAUUUAAUCUAUGAUGUACAAGAACACCAAAAUCCUUCUCUCCAAGUGACUCUCCCAGUGUUACAUCAACUAGGACAUAUGAUGCACAUAGAUUAUUGCUACCAAGAUGCAAAACUUUACACGUAUCCAUAUUAAACAUCAUUUGCCAAUGUUCAAGUCAGCUUGUAAUUUUUUGACAUCUUUCACAGACUGCACAGUGCUUCAUAGCUUAGUGUCAUCUACAAAAUCAGAAAGGUUGCUAUUAAUCCCAGAUCGAUAUUAAUAAUAAAUUAAAUGAUAAUUUAGUGGACUUCAAGCAGAAUUUUCUUUGUGCUUCAUGGUAACUAGAGAUAAGCAAAUA